CCAUGAAGCCCCACCGACCCGCAUUCCGUUCCGCGCCACGGGGGCUAAGCUACAGGCUGGCUGUCCAUCGCCUCACUGUCCUCACACACCGGCACGCCACCGGGAAACGAACCUCUCUCACACGGACUCUCGCCUCUCUCAAACACAAUCAUGUUGUUCCCACUCACACUCUUCGCCAUCGCACUGCCCGGGAACCCCAGCCCCUGCGCACAUGCCAUGAGCAUGCCCCUAUCACAGGACACCCCUUCGCCCAUUCCCAGGCCGACCUUCUCAACUGUGGGAAAUCGCGUCAAGACCCACCAGGCAUUGAAAGCAAAGGACGAGAGACACGCGGACAGCGACGGCAGUGCGGGCGGCGGUGGCUGGUUGCCCGCCCCUCCCUCAUGACGCACAUUGAGAUUCACCAUCGCUUUCCUCACCCUGGCUUUCAGCACUGCCUCAAGCUCAUCUGACUCCUCUUCUACCGUCUGCCAGUGAAAAACUGGCACUGAAAAACCAUUCUGCGACGGUCGAGCGCUCAGAAAGACAUCCACGAACACGUCGAGAGGCCCCCCCUUGCCAGCACAGUGCUUCAGCCCCGCCCCCACCAACGGUACAAGUACGUUUUGCGAAGUGAACGUGACUGGCACAACGUGAAUGACACGUGAGAGGUGAGGCAGCCGGCCCAUGACCUUGUCUACCCCUCCCUCAUACAGCGACACGCCCGCUGGCCCACUGCUGUGGUCCAGCCAGAGUGUCUUGACAGCACCGAACAUCGACGGCACGCUCUCGGUGAUCCACUCCGGCAGAGGAUGGCGGGCGUCUCGCUCCGUCAUGCCCUCCGGAAACCUCACGAUUAGGUCAGCCGCUUGCUUGAAGGAGAGGCCAUAGAGCUCGCUCGCGCCCGUCGCAUGACUGUCGAGGAGGUAGGGGAGGAGAGCGACUCGUGCCGCGCUCGCCGCCAGGAACUGCAGGGUCGGUCGAGUGCCGGCCAGCUCCUGUGACCUGCCGAUCAGCGGCAAUUGGAUGUUGAGGGGGGCGCGGCACUCGCGGGUUGCUCGCCUGACGAGGCGAAGGCGUCCAUUGUCCAUCUCUCCAAUGUGGUACAGCUCCUUGGCGCCCUUUGCCAGCCACGAGCUUCGGAAUUCGUGCCACAUCUACGGACAAGAAUGCACGGCCACGUCGAAAUACAUACCAUUGCUGCGUCGCCAUAUGGAGGUGUCCCACCUGUAUGCCACCGGCUUGGGAGAGUAUCGGUAGUGUCACAACCUCCAGGCACUCGAGGCCGCUGAGGGAGGAGACUACUCUAUCGAAGCUGAUGGCACCGGUGAGCGAUUUGAUGGUCCCGUGAGAGGGGGUGCCCUGAAGAGAUUGGACGACUGCCCCGAGGGGCUUGUACACGGGAAGAUGUCCACCAGCUGACACCUGCGAGGAAGUGGUAACAAAACGACACACGCUAUCCACCCCCUCAUGGCCGCAUUACCCCACCUGGUCGAGGAGAUGGAGCGACCGCAGGCCGCCAGUCACCCCCUUGAGCAUCGUCAGCCCCCCGUGUGCAGGCCACUCGACGCUCAAGUGGGUCAGGGCGGGCAUCUCAUACACCUGCCCAAAACAAUGGUGCGGCUGCAUCAGCUCCACCCACUCACGCAUCAGGACGGCCUUGACGAGCCGCGGGAAGCUCACAGUAUUGCCGCCGGUGAUCACUCUGCGAUGUGUUCUGCGGUCGGCGGCCGUGUCGACGGUGAUCUCAGUGACGGCGGGAGCGGCGGCCUCGAGCAGGGCGACACUGUUGACGCGCGGGCCGGCCUCGAUUAAGACCCGGACGUUACUGGCGCGGGAAAGCACCUCUGAAGGAUCCAUGAUGACACACAGACAAGUGACCGGUAGUGAGUCGGCUACUGCUCUGUGUUGCGCUGUAUUUACCCUUCCACUUUUUGUGUAUGGGCGGGGGGCCGCGCCAGGGAUGCGUUGUGACGUCGAUCAGCUGGUGUUUGGGGUUUGCGAUCAGCAGAAUGGGAUGCAUCUUGGGGUUGCCGACGAUGGACGCGAUCGCCGUGCUGACACCCGAGAGGGACUUGACACACUCGACAAAGCCCAGAUAACCACCUGCAGACCAAACCAGACAUUGACUGAGCCGAUCUGGACAUGUGUGGUCGAUAUCAGCGUACCGAUGCCGGUCCGAUCGGUGUCGCUCAGCCACAGCACCUCGGGAAUGCCCUCCAAACAGGGCUCAUGCUGUACACACAAGCCAGCCUCGUAAGCAGAAUCUAUCGCUUGCGUGUGCCGCCCUGUGUCCGACUCACCGGUGUCUCCAGCAGUCCUUGUAUCACGCGGAGUUUCUUUGCUGAGGGGGCGGUGAGUGCUUUGACGGCUGGGGUGAUGGCCUGGAUGGUGUGCUUGGCUUGGUUGUCGACUAGGCUCUCCUACACACGCAGAUUCUGCUCAACCGCCUGACAAACAGACAGACAGACAGACAGAGAUGAGUGUGUGUGUGUGUUCAUCGAUGUGCUGCUUGUCACACAUACCUGUGGUUUGUUUGGUGUGUUGAGAAGGUUGACUGCCUGUUGCCUCUGUUUGUCCACCAGCUGCAGCUGACUCCUGAGCACUCGGCUGAGGUCAUCCAGCCCUCGCAAGUGCUUGGCGAACUGAACAAGAAGGCACACACAUACACAUAUCAGGAACAGGGCCAGCCAUCCCUGUCUGUCACCUGUGUGUGUGUCUCGCUCACCAGCCUCUGCUGCACUUGUGGCGAUUGCGGCCCUUGUAGUGAGGGGAGGCCCCCUCUUUGCUGCAGGCACACUGCGGCAGUCGGCGGAUGGCUCCAGGCGACCAGUGGAUGUAGCCCGGUGGCGCCCUGGGGGCUGGGUGGGGGUGGGGGGAAUGGGUAGGCCAGCUGAGGGGGCGGCUGUUGGUCAGGGUGACCACUGCUUGAUGAGCCGACAUGCCUGACGCACACAACAAACACAUCAAGAAAGAGUGAGUGCCCUUCAGAGACGCUCACAAAAGGUGAAUGGAUGGACGGCUUACGGCGCUGUGUUGUGUUGUGCCAUGCAGUAAGGCGUGAUCAGCUUGUCAAUCACACGCUGCCAGCAAUCUGCAGUGCAGCGAUGAAUGACAAACACGAUCACAUGACACACCGCUGCCAGUGCUCUUGAUGCUCACCUGUCGAUGUGUGGUAGUGCUGUGUGAUGAAGUCAUCCUCCGCCCUCCCAUGUGUGCCGCAGACACGACACAGUGUUCGCCUUUCGCCACUGCAGACACACAUACAACACCAUAACGUACACCAUCUGUGAGAGAAAUGAGGGAUCUCUGCCGACCUGUUGUCGAAAUGGAAUCUCCGGUCACCGACAAACAGGCUGCCCGGCUCUCUCACCACCUCCUCGGUCACGUCGGUGUGCGGAAAGGCCCAGACGACCUCAAAUACGGCAUCCACGAGCAGGCACUCACUGCCAGUGCAUUGGACGAUAGGCGGCGUGAGAGGCCGCUUGUUCGACCGAUACGAUGGCGCAUUUGCCUCGGGGCUGCCGUAGAGAUGGGCACUCGGGGAUGCAGCGUCGCCGAUGUGCAGGGGGAGGGCGGGAGGGGGCGAGGUGGCGGUGUUGUGCAGUUCUCCAUCGUUGUCGGGGAGAUCUCCAUCGGCACCAUCGACACGUCGCUUCUUUCUCCUGUUUGGCUCCUCCGCCAUCGCCGAAAGCCGUCUUGCC